AUGGAUACCUUUUUCCGCCGCCACUUUAAGAGGAAGGAGACGGGCUCGCGGGACGAGGAAGAGGUGGAGCUGGACUAUUGCUGCAGUAACCGCCGCCCCAGUGUUGCCCUGCCGACCAGUAAGGCUCGCCGGCGCUCUAGCGUGGGCCUCCCCUCGGCCGCUCUGGCCCAACGGCGCCGCUCCAGCGUGCAGCUACAAGGGCUCCCGCUCCCGCUGGCGGGGGGUCACUGUGCGGGGAGCGGCCGGCUAGCCAAGGUGGCCGGCUACGCCAAAUCAUCCAACGCCAAAUCAUCCUCUGGCAGCCAUGUCCGGAGACGCUCCAGCACCACCACGGUCAGCAUGAACCCGCGCUUCGCCGUGAAGCACCGCAAGCUGCGCACCAUCGACACCCACCUGCUGGGGCCCUCCAUGCUGCUGGCCAGCCUCAUCCAGAUGACUGAGGAGGAGGAGGGCGGGGGAGAGGGGAGCCUGGGGAAUCUGUGCCUGACAGCUGGGGAGCAGCAGGUGGAGAUGAGAAGCAGUGGAGGUGGCAGCAGGGCCCUGUCCCGCUCCAGCACCCUACACUCGGACGGCGACAGCAACGACGACCACCACAGUCUUUCCGAGGACAGCCAGCCCUUCGACCCCGAUGAGGAGCUCCAGCACCCAGCCGAAGUAGUGGAAGAGGUGGACGUUUCCGACAGGGAAAUAGAGGACACUUCCUGGUGGCUUACCCAACAUUACCCCUCGCCGCUGGGAGUGGUGGCCGAGAGAGUCUCCUCAUCUCGGCCCCUCAUACGCGCCCCCCGCUGCCUGCGGAGAAACUCGUCACGCCUCUCACCGGGUGAGGCCACGCCAUACGGCCGCUACUGCGGGCGCUCCAGACAGAUAAGGCAGCGGCGAAUCUCUACCAUCUCCAAAGCAGGCAGCCCCUGGCCAGGGAGGGGGCUUCCACUGCCCAACCGCCGGAGCUCAACCGUCUACCUCAGCCACCCCGCCUUUUGCAGGAGCCACUCAGCAAGUUCACUCAGCCCUUCCCUGGGGGCCUACUACGACCCCCGGCUGGAGACAUGGAGUGGGUUCCUUCUGUAUGUAGUUAAUUACCUCCAUCAGACAGGGUCCCGUCUUUGUUAAUGUUCUUCCACCGUAACACCUGAGUGAAUCUGUGGUAGCAAGCUGCUUUGUGUUGUUUUGUGAGUGACUAGUACUAUCUCACUAUCCUUUUAAUUUGAGGAGGAACGUUGUGUUUUUUUGUGAUCGGUUGUUGAGAAACGUGUGUUGAUCGUUGUGAGUGAGUGACAAUGCUCAUAACUCCUGUGGUGAUAUUUUCUAAGGCAAACAUUUGUGACAUAGGUUAGGCCUAUCCAAAAGACCCCAAAACCCACCUCUUUUGUUUAAAUGCUAACAAAUAUUCCCUAGUUCUUAUGCUAUAAUGAACCUGCCCCAAAUCAGAUGUACUCCUCAUAUGAGCUGUCAUGUCAUUCUCAUUCCUCAGCCCAUAAUGACAACCUCCAUAGAGCUAACUCAAUAGCGACACUGCUAACAAAGUAGCGCUAGCUGGUUGGAGCUGAGUAACACACUGCUACAGUAUUGAUCUCCUAGUUAGCAUUGCUAGGCUCUCUACCAGUCUUAAAGGCGGGAGGGCCUGAGACAUAGGUCUCGAUAGUGACAAAUGGACUGACUAUCAGUAGUGUUGGUCAAACAUGUUCGUAUGAUAGCUGAGGAGGUAGAUCCAGUGUGAAAACACAGACACGCACACAGGGGCACACACAGACACACACACACACAAAUACACACACACAUAGGUGGGGUCACAGAAUCAUGCCUAUAAAUGUGUUUCAGUGGUUUGAUGAAAUGUAUAUGGUCUUGAUGUUGAUCAAUGUUCGAUUGGAUUUCUGAAAGGUCAAUUGAAUGUACAGUAUGGUGAAAUAGUAAUAGUAAAUAGUAAAACUUCAAGCAAAUUAAAUACAUUUCUCUGCUGCCUGCAGUUUAAACAAAAAAAUAGGUUUGACAUCACAGCCUUGGGUGUUGUAUUGUACUGUACUGCAGAUCCUUUUAAAAGGCUUGAUUAUUUCUCGUUUUGUUUAAUUGUUUCAGGAAAGCUAUCGCUAAGUCAGGCCUCCAGCACUUGGCAGCCCAGCCCAGUGCCCCAGGCAAGACUGACCCACUUCGAGAGAACUGCAACACUGUCGACUGGAGUGUGAGUAUAGCCUCCGGUGUAUAACGGUUUAGAAAGGUCCCAUUCAAGGCCGCUACAGCAGAGAUUCCAGAAAUAGCACAUGUGGGCCUUUUCUUGUUACAGAAAUGCUAUGGUGAAGAUUUGCUUAGUUGUGUGUGUUCACACAGGUUUUAGACAAAUGGGGAGACAAAAAUAGGUGAAAUGAGACAAAAAGAGGUGAAAUGGGGAGACAAAAGAGGUGAAAUGGGUGUCGCUGCCCAACCAAACAUACAGUAGCAUUUUCAUCUGAGAUAAAAACUGAAAACUGGUGACAUUUGUCCAACCUUUAUAAUGUGGAUAAAUUACUUCCAUAUUAUCUUCUCUGUCCUCCCAGGAUAAUGCCCAGUUUGGGGACCAUAUCUGGUUUGAGACCAGUGUCUCAGGAGACGUCUGUUACGUUGGAGAGCAGUACUGCAUCACAAAGACAAUGGUGAGCCUUCACUACAAUUGUACUGUACUAGGAUAGAAUGCUGUGUUUGAGCACCCUCUGUUAUUCACAGAAAUACUCAUCUGCAUGAUAUAAUUUAUAAAAGUAUAUUUUAGAUUAUUGAGACUGUUACAGUAGUACAUUAUUGCAGCAUUCUUUUGGGUACAUUUUCAAUAGAAUAUGUUUUCUAAUGAUUUACAGUGAGGGAAACAAGUAUUUGAUCCCCUGCUGAUUUUGUACGUUUGCCCACUGACAAAGACAUGAUCAGUCUAUAAUUUUAAUGGUAGGUUUAUUUGAACAGUGAGAGACAGAAUAACAACAAAGAAAUCCAGAAAAACGCAUGUCAAAAAUGUUAUAAAUUGAUUUGCAUUUUAAUGAGGGAAAUAAGUAUUUGACCCCUCUGCAAAACAUGACUUAGUACUUGGUGGCAAAACCCUUGUUGGCAAUCACAGAGGUCAGACGUUUAUUUUAGUUGGCCACCAGGUUUGCAUACAUCUCAGGAGGGAUUUUGUCCCACUUUGCAGAUCUUCUCCAAGUCAUUAAGGUUUCGAGGCUGACGUUUGGCAACUCGAACCUUCAUCUUCCUCCACAGAUUUUCUAUGGGAUUAAGGUCUGGAGACUGGCUAGGCCACUCCAGGACCUUAAUGUGCUUCUUCUUGAGCCACUCCUUUGUUGCCUUGGCUGUGUGUUUUGGGUUAUUGUCAUGCUGGAAUACCCAUCCACGACCCAUUUUCAAUGCCCUGGCUGAGGGAAGGAGGUUCUCACCCAAGAUUUGACGGUACAUGGCCCCGUCCAUCGUCCCUUUGAUGCGGUGAAGUUGUCCUGUCCCCUUAGCAGAAAAACACCCCCAAAGCAUAAUGUUUCCACCUCCAUGUUUGACGGUGGGGAUGGUGUUCUUGGGGUCAUAGGCAGCAUUCCUCCUCCUCCAAACACGGCGAGUUGAGUUGAUGCCAAAGAGCUCGAUUUUGGUCUCAUCUGACCACAACACUUUCACCCAGUUCUCCUCUGAAUCAUUCAGAUGUUCAUUGGCAAACUUCAGACGGGCCUGUAUAUGUGCUUUCUUGAGCAGGGGGACCUUGCGGGCGCUGCAGGAUUUCAGUCCUUCACGGCGUAGUGUGUUACCAAUUGUUUUCUUGGUGACUAUGGUCCCAGCUGCCUUGAGAUCAUUGACAAGAUCCUCCCAUGUAGUUCUGGGCUGAUUCCUCACCGUUCUCAUGAUCAUUGCAACUCCACGAGGUGAGAUCUUGCAUGGAGCCCCAGGCCGAGGGAGAUUGACAGUUCUUUUGUGUUUCUUCCAUUUGCGAAUAAUCGCACCAACUGUUGUCACCUUCUCACCAAGCUGCUUGGCGAUGGUCUUGUAGCCCAUUCCAGCCUUGUGUAGGUCUACAAUCUUGUCCCUGACAUCCUUGGAGAGCUCUUUGGUCUUGUCCAUGGUGGAGAGUUUGGAAUCUGAUUGAUUGAUUGCUUCUGUGGACAGGUGUCUUUUAUACAGGUAACAAACUGAGAUUAGGAGCACUCCCUUUAAGAGUGUGCUCCUAAUCUCAGCUCGUUACGUGUAUGAAAGACACCUGGGAGCCAGAAAUCUUUCUGAUUGAGAGGGGGUCAAAUACUUAUUUCCUUCAUUAAAAUGCAAAUCAAUUUAUAACAUUUUUGACAUGCGUUUUUCUGGAUUUUUUUGUUGUUAUUCUGUCUCUUACUGUUCAAAUAAACCUACCAUUAAAAUUGUAGACUGAUCAUUUCUUUGUCAGUGGGCAAAUGUACAAAAUCAGCAGGGGAUCAAAUACUUUUUUCCCUCACUGUGUUAAUGUGGCGUGCAAAGCAGCCACACUUUAAAUAUUGUACCACUUAUUUCUGACUUAUAGUUAUUAUUUUUUAUAACGCUACUCCUCGUACACCGUUUAAGCUAGAAACACCAUUCAAAAUGUAAAACGUGCAGACUGGUCUUGAAUAGUGUGAUUGUAUACAACUAUUUGAUUAUAUUUAUAGUUUUUAAACUUUUAUUAAACUUCAUCCACUUUCAUGGGAUUUCUUCAACAUUCUAAAGCUUCCAUUGACAUCACGACUUCAACAUUCCAUUCACUGUGAAUGCAACUUUUGACACAAAUCAGCUCCUUUGACCACUUUCCCAACAAGUUAGACAAAAGGUUAGAGAAUAUGAAUCUUCCUCUACUUCUCUGCUAUUCAAAUCUUAAAUCAGGUAAAUAAUAUUUUCUACCAGUCUAACAGCUGUUUUAGCAACCGCGUCAACAUUUUCGAUUUUUUUUUAUAAACAACUGAUAUUUUUACUACUUUCCCGACAAGUUAGACAAAAAGUUUGAGGGUAUGACAUCUUGGUCUACUUCUCUGUUAUUCAAAUCUGAAAUCACAACAGAAUUAUCUUCUACCAAUCAAAAGUUACAGCUGUUUGUUAGAGUUUAAAGCGACAAUAGCUAGCCAACGUCAGCUAACAGCCCUCAUGUCUCGUUAUUGAGCAGCCCAAACGGAGCCAUUGCUAUGGAUACCAAUGCAUUUCAAUGGCAGAAAUGGGCCAUAGACUAGAAUGGUAAAAGAUUUGUGAUAUUAUAUAUACUUUUUGAACUAUAACCAUAAAAUAUGUGCAUAAAUUAAAAUGGGUUUGAAUGAGAACCAUAGCAAUACAGAGGUAGCUAUUCCAAAUGGUCCUGCUCCUUGUCCAAUUAAGCUACACUGAACAGAAAUAUAAAAACAACAUGUAAAGUGUUGGUCCCAUGUUUCAUGAGCUGACAUAAAAGAUCCCAGAAAUGUUCCAUAAGCACAAAAAGCUUAUUUCUCUCAAAUUUUGUGCACAAAUUUGUUUACAUCCCUGUUAAAUUUCUCCUUUGCCAAGAUAAUCCAUCCACCUGACAGGUGUGGCAUAUCAAGAAGGUGAUUAAACAGCAUGAUCAUUACACCGGUGCACCUUGUGCUGGGGACAAUAAAAGGACACUCUAAAAUGUUCAGUUUUGUCACACAACACAAUGCCACAAGUUUUGAGGGAGCGUGCAAUUGGCAUGCUGACUGCAGGAAUGUCCACCAGAGCUGUUCCCAGAGAAUGUAACGUUGUUUUAGAGAAUUUGGCAGUACGCCCAACCGGCCUCACAAUCGCAGACCACGUGAACCCAUGCCAGCCCAGGACCUCCACAUCUGGCUUCUUCACCUGUAUUUAUGUCUGUAGUAAAGCCAUUUUGUGGGGAAAAACACAUUCUAAUUGGCUGGGCCUGGCUCCCCAGUGGGUAGGACUAUGCCCUCCCAGGGCCACCCAUGGCUACACCUCUGCCCAGUCAUGUGAAAUCCAUAGAUUAGGGCCUAAUUUAUUUAUUUCAAUUGACGGAUUUCCUUAUAUGAAUUGUAACUCAGUAAAAUCUUUGAAAUUGUUGCAUGUUGCGUUUAUAUUUUUGUUCAUUAUACAAGACCAACUUUAAAACAUUCAGGCUAUCCUAACAUCAAAUUCUUUAAAAUGUUGAUAAACUAUAACUAUAUAAAUAGGCAUAGAAUUGCAUAAAAUAACUCACCAACAGUAAAGCUUGAACCUUUUAAGCUAGAUACACCAAACCAACUUUCACAUGUUCAGGCUAUCCUAACUUCAAAUUCUUAAAAACUUGUAUCAACUAUAACUAUAGAAAUUUGCAUAAAUUAGUGUAUAAUAACCCACCAACAGUAACUCUUGAACCGUUCAAGCUAGAGACACCAAAUCAACUUUCACAUGUUCAGGCUAUCAUACCCACUUCCACAAACAUACUUUUAAAGAGCUGAAGCAAGUCACACAAUUUUCUUCAUGGAAGAUGACCAUCUGGUUUAUUAUUAGUAUUUUCCAAAUAAAUAUAAAUAUUCUCUCUGUGAUUCUACCACAGCAAAAGUCAGUGGCGAGGAAAAAAUGUGCUGGCUGCAAAAUAGCAGUCCACACCAUGUGUAUCGAGCAGCUAGAAAAGGUAAGUGACUAUAAACUUGAUCAAUUAUUAGAUUAUACUUAUACAACAUAACCAGGAAUAUUUAUGUUUUUGACCAAUGUUAUUGUAUUUUCUCUCCACAGAUAAAUUUUAGAUGUAAGCCAUCGUUUAGGGAACCCGGAUCUCGAAACAUUCGAGAGGUCAGUAUCUUUCUGGUACCGGCACCACGUUAUCUUUGUUUCUCUCCAAGUUAUUUGUUCGUUGACUGUAUUUCUGUCUCACUCAUUCUAACUGAUUCAGUCUACUUUAGUCAAUUUCAGUCUCAAUAAUUUCAAAGCAGCUUUGGGUGACACAGAAGUCUUCUGUAUUGUACAUUAUGAUUUGUAAUGUGACGUUGACUCAACAAUGUUUCCUAAAUUCCAGCCCAACGUUGUCCGUCACCAUUGGGUCCACAGGAGGCGACAGACUGGGAAGUGUCGACAGUGUGGGAAGGUCAGUGAGAACCAUUCACCAACCAUAGAUUCACAUACAGUGCCUUCAGAAAGUAUGCACACCCCUUUACUUUUCCGACAUUGUUGUGUUACAGUCUGAAUUUAAAAUUGAUUAAAAUGAGAUGUUGUGUCACUGGCCUACACACAAUACCCCAUAAUUUGUUUUUACACAUUCAUUAAAAAUGAAAAGCUGAAAUGUCUUGAGUCAAUAAGUAUUCAUCCCCUUUGUUAUGGCAAGCCUAAAUAAGUUCAGGAAUAAAAAUGUGCUUUACAAGUCACAUAAUAAGUUGCAUGGGCUCUCUCUGUGUGCAAUAAUAGUGUUUAACAUGAUUUGUUUAUGACUACCUCAUCUCUGUACCCAACAAUUAUCUGUAAGGUCCCUCAGUCGAGCAGUGAAUUUCAAACACAGAUUCAACCAGAAAGACCAGGGAGGUUUUCCAAAGCCUCUCAAAGAAGGGCACCUAUUGGUAGAUGGGUAAAAAAGAAGACAUUAAAUAUCCCUUUGAGCGUGGUGAUGUUAUUAAUUACACUUUGGAUGGUGUCUCUAUACACCCAGUCACUACAAAGAUAUAGGCGUCCUUCCUAACUCAGUUGCAGGAGAGGAAGGAAACCACUCAGGGAUUUCACCAUGAGGCUAAUGGUGACUUUAAAACAGUUACAGAGUUUAAUGGCUGUUAUAGGAGAAAACUGAGGAUGAAUCAACAACAGUGUAGUUACUCCACAAUACUAAUCUAAAUGACAGGGUGAAAAGAAGGAAGCCUGUACAGAAUAAAAAAUAUUCCAAAACUGCAAAAAAAAUGUGGCAAAGAAAUUAACUUUAUAUCCUGAAUACAAAGCGUUAUGUUUGGGGCAAAUCCAACACAACACAUCACUGAGUACCACUCUUCAUAUUUUCAAGCAUGGUGGUAGCUGCAUCAGGUUAUGGAUAUGCUUGUCAUCGACAAGGACUAGGGAGUUUUUUAGGAUAAAAAGAAACGGAAUAGUGUGAAGCACAGGCAAAAUCCUAGAGGAACACCUGGUUCAGUCUGCUUUCCCACAGACACUGGGAGAAAAAUCACCUUUUAGCAGGACUAUAACCUAAAACACAAGGCCAAAUAUACACUGGAGUUGCUUACCAAGACAACAUAGAAUGUUCCAGAGUGGCCUAGUUACAGUUUUGACUUAAAUCUGCUUGAAGAUCUAUGGCAAGACUUGACAAUGGAAAAACAUCUAAUUAAUCCAUUUUGAAUUCAGGCUGUAACACAACAAAAUUUGGAAUAAGUCAUGGGGUGUGAAUACUUUUUAAAGCACUGUAUACAGUGAGCUCCAAAGGUAUUGGGACAGUGACACAUUUUUUGUCUCUGUACUCCAGCACUUUGGAUUUUAAUUUUUUUAUUUUACCUUUAUUUAACUAGGCAAGUCAGUUAAGAACUAAUUGUUAUUUACAAUGACGGCCUACACCGGCCAAACCCGGACGACACUGGGCCAAUUGUGCGCCGCCCUAUGGGACUCCCAAUCACGGCCGGUUGUGAUACAGCCUGGAAUCGAACCAAGGGGUCUGUAGUGACGCCUCAAGCACUGAGAUGCAAUGCCUUAGACCGCUGCGCCACUCGGGAGCCCAUAAAUUAUACUAUGAGGUCAGCUUUAAUUGUAGGGUAUUUUCAUCCAUAUCGGGUGAACCAAAAUUACAGCACUUUUUGUACAUUGCCCCUUCAUUUUAGUGGACCAAAAGAUUUGGGACAAAUUCACUUAUAUGUGUACUUGUUGGAUGCUGUUUAUUUUGGUUGUGUUUCAGAUUUCUUUGUUCUCAAUAGAAAUGAAUGGUAAAUAAUAUAUUGUGUCAUUUUGAGGUCACUUUUACUGUAAAGAAGAAUAGAAAAUGUUUCUAAACUUACAGAUAGUCCUAAAUGAUUUGUGAAUAAUGAUAAGUGAGAAAGUUACAAAUAUCAUACCCCCAAGACAAGCAUUUUUUGGGGAGGGUAUGAUAUUUGUGCAUCUGUAACUUUACACUCAUCAUUAUUGACUAUUCAUUCAGGACUAUCCGUAAUCAUGUAGAGUCACAAGCUUAAUGUAAUCAUUGCGUGCUAGGAAUAUGGUACCAAAUACAAAACUUUUGACUACUUUAAUACACAUAUAAGUGAAUUUGUUCCAAUACUUUUGGUCCCCUUUUAAAUUUGGGGACUAUGUAUAAAAAGUGCUGUAAUUUCUAAAUGGUUCACCUGAUAUGAAUGAAAUUAAAGCUUACAGUUUGUACUCAUCGUAAUAAUCAUUUCAAAUCCAAAUUUCUGGAGUACAGAGCCAAAACAACAAAACAUUUGUCACUGUCCCAAUACUUUUGGAGCUCACUCUACAGUACAGGUGUCCAACUCAUUCCACGGAGGAACGAGUGGCUGUGGGUUUCCGCUCCUCCCUUGUACUUGAUUAAAGGAAUGAAGGUCACUAAUUAGUAAGGAACUCCCCACACCUGGUUGUCUAAGGUUUAAUUGAAAGGAAAAACCAAAAACCUGCAGACACUAGGCCCUCCAUGGAAUGAGUUUGACACCCCUGCUCUACGGAUACUGAAGUACUGCAAACUAUUUAGAGCUGUCUUAAUGCAAAUUUUUAAAAUGUUACUUAUUCCUCUACAGGGUUUCCAACAGAAGUUCUCAUUCCAUAGUAAAGAGAUUGUUGCAAUCAGCUGUUCUUGGUGCAAACAGGCAGUAAGUACCAGCAGUCCAUAGACUGUAUCAACUGUUACAGCCGGUCCCGAUUCACACCCAACCCUUUUCCCUUGGCCCUAACUCUUCGAUGUUUGCAUAUCUGAAGGGUCUGGAUAGGUAUAAGCAGUUUAGUGGUCGAGCUUCCACUGUUUUUCUUACACAUUACAGUUCUGCAAACAUAGAAACGUUAAGGUCAAGGGGAAGGGAUGGGGAGCAAAUUGGGACAGACUGACUUUGGGUCAGUUUGAGAUGGAUAUUUCAGGUUGGAGCAGAGAGUGUAUCCUGACUUUGGUAACUUUGGUAUGGUAUUGAUUGUUGUACUCUCCUCUGUCCAGUAUCACAACAAGGUGACGUGCUUCAUGCUACAGCAGAUAGAGGAGACUUGCUCGCUGGGAGCUCACGCCUCCGUCAUAGUGCCGCCCACCUGGAUCAUACGGGUCCGCAAACCGCAGGUACUGCAAUGAUCAACACACACACACAAACACAGUUAUGUUGAUUCAAUGGAUGUAAUUGUUUUUGUCUCCUCAGACGUCAUUAAAAUCAAGUAAAAAGAAGAAACGCACAUCUCUGAAAGGAAAACCGAGUAAGAAGGUAGUAGAGGUAAGGAAAAUCAUAUUAACAUAAAAACUAUUGUGAUUAUGAUAAUGUCCUCUUAUGUUGUCUCAUUUGUUGAUGAGAACAUUGAGAUAACAGAGGCGGCGAUCUUCCUGUCUCAACUGUUUUCUCUGCUCCAGGAUGGUCGAUGGAAGCCCUUCAUAGUGAAGCCUGUUCCCUCGCAACUCAUGAAACCUCUGCUGGUGUUCGUCAACCCCAAAAGUGGAGGCAACCAGGUGAGUUUGCUCAAUAUCCACAGCGCCCUUGAAACCACUAUGUAUGGGGUUGAAUCCUUUAGAUUUGUCCACACAACUCAAACAUACAGUGCAUUCAGAAAGUAUUCAGAACCCUUGACUUUUACCACAUUUUGUUACGUUACAGCCUUAUUCUAAAAUUGAUUAAAUAAAAAAUUGUCCCCAUCAAUCUACACACAAUAUCCCAUAAUGAAAAAGUGAAAACAGGUUUUUAUAAAUGUUUGCAAAUGUAUAAAAAAUAAAAAACAGAAAUACAUUAUUUACGUAAGUAUUCAGAGCCUUUGCUAUGAGACUCGAAAUUGAGCUCACGUGCAUCCUGUUUACAUUGAUCAUCCUUGAGAUCUUUCUACAACUUGAUUGGAGUCCACCUGUGGUAAAUUCAAUUGAUUGGACAUGAUUUGGAAAGGCACCCACCUGUCUAUAUAAGGUCCCACAGUUGACAGUCCAUGUCAGAGCAAAAACCAAGCCAUGAGGUCGAAGGAAUUGUCUGUAGAGCUCCGAGACAGGAUUGUGUCGAGGCACAGAUCUGGGGAAGGGUACCAAAAUAUUUCUGCAGUAUUGAAGGUCCCCAAGAACACAGUGGCCUCCAUUUAUAGUAGAGUGGCCAGACGGAAGCCACUCCUCAGUAAAAGGCACAUGACAGCCCGCUUGAAGUUUGCCAAAAGGCACCUAAAGGACUGAGAAACAAGCUUCUCUGGUCUGAUGAAAUCAAGAUUGAACUCUUUGGCCUGAAUGCCAAGCGUCACGUCUGGAGGAAACCUGGCACCAUCCCUACGGUGAAGCAUGGUGGUGGCAGCAUCAUGGGACUGGGAGACUAGUCAGGAUCGAGGGAAAGAUGAACGGAGAAAAGUACAGAGAGAUCCUUGAUGAAAACUUGCUCCAGAGCGCUCAGGACCUCAGGCUGGGGCGAAGGUUCACCUUCCAUCAGGACAACGACCCUAAGCACACAGCCAAGACAACGCAGGACUGGCUUCGGCACAAGUCUCUGAAUGUCCUUGAGUGGACUUGAACCCGAUCGAACAUCUCUGGAGAGACCUGAAAAUAGCUGUGCAGCAACGCUCCCCAUCCAACCUGACAGAGCUUGAGAGGAUCUGCAGAGAAGAAUGGGAGAAACUCCCCAAAUACAGGUGUGCCAAGCUUGUAGCGUCACACCAAAGAAGACUUGAGGCUGUAAUCACUGCCAAAGGUGCUUCAACAAAGUAUGAUAUGAUAUGCCAUUUAGCAGACGUUUUUAUCCAAAGCGACUUACAGUCAUGCGUGCAUACAUUUUUACGUAUGGGUGGUCCCGGGGAUCGAACCCACUACCCUGGUGUUACAAGCACCAUGCUCUACCAAUUGACCUACAGAGGACCAUAUGUAACAACAUUUACAAGACAUUGUAAAGGGUCAUUUAUAUAAAUAGUGUAAAGUACUGAGUAAAGGGUCUGAAUACUUAUGUAAACGUUAAUGUGAUAUUUCAAAAAUUGUUUUUGCUUUGUCAUUAUGGGUUAUUGUGUGUAGAUUGAUGAGAAGAAAAAACAACAACCUAUUUAAUACAUUUUAGAAUAAGCCUGUAACGUAACAAAAUGUGGAAAAAGUCAAGGGCUCUGAAUACUUUCCGAAUGCAUUGAUGUCAAUGAGAGAAUUACGUUGAAGUUAGAGUUACACUGUCUACAUCCCUUAGUUUACGAAUGAAUUACUGAUGAUGUCCAUGCAUUGUGGGACCCAACAGCUUAAACAUUACAGUAAAUUAUUUUAGGUUUGAGAGCGACAUAUUGGUUAAUAAUCUCAGACAGGGUUACCUCAUCACGUGAAUGGGAUUCCAAAUAAGGCUGUCGCGGUGACUGUAUUACCGCCACACUGGCAGUAACGAUUCAUAACGUAGUUAAAUUCCUUGUGACUGUUGGUCACGGUAAUCCCAUCCAAAACUUCGCAAACGAAUGGCGCUGAUGGGUAGUCUACCAAAUUUGUUAACGGCCUUCGCUAAUGGCCUGGUAUGCAGCGCUCUAUUGUCCCGCUAAUCACUUUCUGAACACUUCAUGAUUGAAUUUUAAUAAUCUGAAUUAUGAGGACAAGUAAAUAAUAGAUGUUAUUGUGAUGGUAUAGGCAAUAUUAAAUUGAUUUAUUUAACUUUUUUAAAUGUAGGUGUUCCAAAGGCAGCUUGUAUGCGUGGAAGCCGGAGAUGCUAAACGUGUUUAUGUUAAUUAUUGGUAAAUUACCGUGAGACCGGCAGUCAUUUGCAUGACAAUUACCGGCUGACAAAAUUGAGUGACCGCCACAGCCCUAAUUCCAAAUCACCUCUGCGACACUCAUGUCUAUUGUUUUCCAGGGAGCCAAGAUCAUCCAGUCGUUCAUGUGGUACCUCAACCCCCGACAGGUGUUUGACCUCACCCAGGGAGGGCCCAAGGAGGGGUAAGAAACACACAGCCGCUGCAUUAACAAACCUUAACACUUUGGUCAUGUUUACAAUGAUAUUUCAAUGUAAGCAGUUGUUGUGUUUUUAAUUGGUGUGCCCGGUUGUGUUUUUUCCCCUCAAGGUUGGAAAUGUAUUCCAAAGUGCCCAACCUGCGGAUUUUGGCAUGUGGAGGGGAUGGAACAGUGAGUACUAGACAUCAGAGCUUCACAUUAGUAAUAUUAUAAUUAAUUAUUCCUGAAACGUAAUGCAUAUAAGGACUAUAAGGAGAGGAGUAGUUCACUGUCUGCCUAUGACUGUGGCAUGUGCCAUUCAGGAAGUGAAUUAUUGUUCUAAUUACCUGGUUCGCCAGGUGGGUUGGAUCCUGUCUGUCCUGGACCAGCUCCAGUUGAACCCUGCGCCUGCCGUGGCUGUCCUGCCCUUGGGGACGGGGAACGACCUGGCCAGGACUCUCAACUGGGGAGGGGUGAGUGGCUGGCUCACUGUGUGGAACCACACCAUGAACUAGGGAUUUAUCCUAGAUUAUUAACCAUGUAGUUUGGCUCCUGGAUGCUGCGUGGUAUAUACCACGGGUAUGAUUCAAAAUUACUUGUUUACUGUUCUAAUUAUGUUGGUAACCAGUUUAUAAUAGCAAUAAGGCACCUCUGGGGAUUGCCAAUAUACCACGGCUAAGGGCUGUAUUCAGGCACUCCGCGUUGCAUCGUGGUUAAGAACAGCCAUUAGCCGUAGUAUAUUGGUCAUAUACCACACCCCCUUGGGCCUUAUUGCUUAAAAAUACCAUGGGCUAUUGAAUCGCUGUUAGGCUAUAGACUAUAUUGGGUAGGCUAAGUAGGCUAUCUUGUGUCAUCAGAGAGGCAAAUCUAUGAGGAAUGAGACACAAUAGCAAGAAAAGACACAAUCAGAUUAACACAAUACAAGUUGCAUUGUUUCAGUAUUGUUUAAAAUAUUUCAGUUAGAUAUUGAGGAUGUAUGUUUUUUUCUUUUGGUUUUAUGAAAUUCCUCUCUCGUCUUAUCCCGCAGGGCUACACUGAUGAGCCAGUGUCUAAGAUCCUGUCUCAUGUGGAGGAUGGGAACAUGGUGCAGUUGGACCGCUGGAACCUCCUGGUGGAGCCCAACCCAGAGGCCGGUCACGAGGAGAAAGACGAGCACCAGACAGACAAGGUUAACUCAGUUUAGAGUGUCUCACACCAGCCGUCAAAAGCGUAUGGGCUAAUUUAGAUAAGGACAUCACAAGCAUAACAUAGUUUUUUUAAAUGCGAUUCAAUGAUGUCGUUUGUAAUUGCUUAAUAUGUUUUUGAAGGUUAUGCUAUGAUCAGUCUCUUAAAUUGGCUGUAAUUAGGCCGAUCUCAAAACUCCCCUUCUUUUCUAAGAUACUAGAGAAGGCCGUAGCCCAGCAGCAGACAUCACACAGUAUCUUUGAAACCUCCCAAUACAGUUUUUAGACCAUUUCACAGCACUGAGACUGCGCUUGUCAAGGUAGUAAAUGACCUAAUGUUGUCCUCUUACCGUGGUCACAUCUCUAUUUUUCUUCUUUUAGAUGUAAGUGCUGCCUUCGAUACGAUUGAUCAUGCUAUUCUCACUAAGAGUAUAGAAUACUUGGUUGGUCUACGAGGACAGGUUCUCAACUGGUUCAAAUCAUACGUCUCUGAGUGGUAUCAAUUUGUUCAGCUGGGCGAUAAUUCAUCUGAAUGUUCCAAGGUUGAAUUUGGCGUUCCCCGAAGUUCUGUGCUUGGACCCCUUUUAUUUUCCUUGUACAUGCUACCCCUUGGUAAUGUCAUCUGUAAGCACAACAUACAAUUUCGUUGCAACGCUGAUGAUUCCCAGUUGUAUUUAUAUUUUAAACCAGAUGAUGCUUGAGACACAGAUGUUAAACACUGGAUGACAACCAACUUCUUGCUUUUAAACUCUGAUAAGACGAAAAUGAUGCUACUUGGCCACAAUACAUUUAGAAACAAAGUGUCAGACCUCACUCUCAACAUUGAUGGUUGUCUCAUUACAUCAAACAUGGUUAAAAACCUUGGUGUUACCUUUGACCCCGGCCUUACUUUUGACAACCACAUAAAAAGCACAUCCAGAACAGCAUACUUCAAUCUCAGGAACAUUUCCAUAAUUAGACACUUCAUCCAUGCAUUUGUUUCAUCUAGGCUAGACUAUUGUAAUGCCCUCCUCUCCAGCUGUUCAGACUGUAAUAUUAGAAGCCUACAACUUGUACAGAUCACUGCAGCUCAGAUUUUAACUAACACUAGAAGGCAUGAACACAUCACUCCAGUUUUAUCUGCGCUACACUGGCUGCCUGUAAACUAUCGGUCUGAUUUUAAGAUCUCACUCUUAACUUUUAAGGCACUGCAUGGCCUUGCCCCCUUUUAUCUGACGGACAUGCUUGUUCAAUGCAACCCAGUGAGGGCGCUCCGCUCCCAAGGAGCCGGUCUGCUUAUGGUUCCCAGAUGCAGAACCAAGGCGGGGGACGGAGUGUUCUCUAGUAAAGUACCUAAUUUGUGGAACAGCUUGCCCUGUCAGGUAAGAGGGGCAGACGCCAUUUGAGGUUUUUAAAUCACUUUUAAAAACCCACCUUUUUAGCCAAGCUUUUAAUACCUGUAAGUUUUUACACAACCUCUGUUUUUUAUAUUAUUUUAUUAUUGUUUUAAUUUGAAGUGUGUUGGGAUUUUAAAUGCACUUUAAAUAAAGUUUGAUUUGAUUAUGGGAUUUGAACAUGUAUGAAACAUUUUCUUGUUGUUGUUUUGGCUCUGUACUCCAGCACUUUGCAUUUGAAAUGAUACAAUGACUAUGAGGUUAAAGUGCAGACUGUCCGCUUAAAUUUGAUGGUAUUAGAAAUUAGAGCACUUUUUGUACAUAGUCCCCCAAAAGUAUUGGAGUACAGAGCCAAAAAAACGAAACAUUUGUCACUGUCCCAAUAAUAACAGAGGGCACUGUAUUUCUGUUGACAUCAUGUGUCUCUGCUUUGUCUGUUAGCUCCCAAUUGAUGUCUUCAACAACUACUUCAGCCUUGGCUUCGACGCUCAUGUCACACUGGGGUUCCACGAGUCCAGAGGUUUGUCAAAAAUUAGCAUAUUUCGCUAGCUGAAAUUACUUUUGCUAGCUGAAAUGAGUCACUAUAAUAAAUGUUACUAUAGCGGAAGUCUAAAGCAGUCUCUCUCUCCUUAGAGGCCAACCCAGAGAAAUUCAACAGCCGUUUGCGGAAUAAGAUGUUCUAUGCAGGGGUGAGUGCUUUGACAAAAUAUAUAACUUUGCUCCUCUCCCACUAUGGAGUUGUUUGCUCUGUGUCUGAUUUGCUUUACUUUAUAUCUAGGUCAUGUUCAUUAGGGCAAAAUGUUUCAAAACGGUUUUAAACAGAAAGCCAGCAUUCUUAUUGGACAAGUUCAGAUAGUACAUCCCCAUUUCACUUUGUUUCAAACUGUUUUCCUACUGAAGACGAACCUGAUUCUUUAUUGGAUUCUUUAUUGCAGACGGCCUUCUCUGACUUUCUGAGCGGCAGCUCCAAAGACCUUGCCAAACACAUUAAAGUUGUGGUGAGUGGACUUCUAAACCUGUUGUAGACCUGAAUGGGACUAAGACCCAGAGCACAACGUUAAAGAAUGUGGAUGUGUCCCAAGACUGAGUGUCUAAAUACCAUAUUUGAUCCGUUUCUAGAAUUAACAUUUUCCUGGCGAAGAUGGUAGAUUUUUAGGCAUGUUUCUAGGAUACCAAUGUCCCUUCUAGAGAUAUUCAGUACCCGUCAAAAGUUUGGACACACUUACUCAUUCAAGGGUUUUUCUUUCCAAACUUUUGACUGGGACUGUAUGUGUAACUCUAUGGUCUGUACUCUGUUUCUCUGAAACCCCUCUUCAUCAGUGUGACGGCACAGACCUCACCUCCAAAGUCCAGGACCUGAAGUUGCAGUGUCUUGUGUUCCUCAACAUUCCCAGGUAAACAUUUAGAAUAUUUUGAAACUGAUGGGACACUCCAGUGCAUACGGAAAGUCUUCUGACCCCUUGACUUUUUCCACAUUUUGUUACGUUACAGCCUUAUUCUAAAAUGGAUUAAAUAAAUACAAAUUCCUCAUCAGUCUACACACAAUACCCCAUAAUGACAAAGCGAAUAAGAAUACCAUAUUUACGUAAUUAUUCAGACCCUUUGCUAUGAGACUCGAAAUUGAGCUCAGGUGCAUCCUGUUUCCAUUGAUCAUCCUUGAGACGUUUCUACAACUUGAUUGGAGUCCACCUGUGGUAAAGUCAAUUGAUUGGACAUGAUUUGGAAAGGCACACACCUGUCUAUAUAAGGUCCCACAGUUGACAGUGCAUGUCAGAGCAAAAAACAAGCCAUGAGGUCGAAGGAAUUGUCCGUAGAGCUCCGAGACAGGAUUGUGUCGAGGCAUCUGGGGAAGGGUACCAAAACAUUUCUGCAGCAUUGAAGGUCCCCAAGAACACGAUGGCCUCCAUCAUUCUUAAAUGGAAGAAGUUUGGAACCACCAAGACUCUUCCUAGAGCUGUCCACCCGGCCAAACUGAGUAAUCGGGGGAGAAGGGCUUUGGUCAGGUAGGUGACCAAGAACCCGGUGGUCACUCUGACAGAGCUCCAGAGUUCCUCUGUGGAGAUGGGAGAACCUUCCAGAAGGACAACCAUCUCUGCAGCACUCCACCAAUCAGGCCUUUACGGUAGAGUGGCCAGACAGAAGCCACUCCUCAGUAAAAGACACAUGACAGCCUGCUUGAAGUUUGCCAAAAGGCACCUAAAGGACUCUCAGGCCAUCAGAAACAAGAUCCUCUGGUCUGAUGAAACCAAGAUUUAACUCUUUGGCCUGAAUGCCAAGUGUCACGUCUGGAGGAAACCUGGCACCAUCCCUAUGGUGAAGCAUGGUGGUGGCAGUAUCAUGCAGUGGGGAUGUUUUUCAGCGGCAGGGACUGGGAGACGAGUCAGGAUUGAGGGAAAGAUGAACGGAGCAAAGUACAGAGAGAUCCUUGAUGAAAACCUGCUCCAGAGCGCUCAGGACCUCAGACUGGGGCGAAGGUUCACCUUCCAACAGGACAAUGACCCUAAGCACACAGCCAAGACAAUGCAGGAGUGGCUUCGGGACAAGUCUCUGAAUUUCCUUGAGUGGCCCAGCCAGAGCCCGGACUUGAACCCGAUCGAACAUCUCUGGAGAGACCUGAAAAUAGCUGUGCAGCGACGCUCCCCAUCCAACUUGACAGAGCUUGAGAGGAUCUGCAGAGAAGAAUGGGAGAAACUCCACAAAUACAGGUGUGCCAAGCUUGUAGCAUCAUACCCAAGAAGACUCAAGGCUGUAAUCGCUGCCAAAGGUGCUUCAACAAGUACUGAGUAAAGGGUCUAAAACACAUAUGUAAAUGUGAUAUUUCCGUUUUUUAUUUUUAAUACAUUUGCAAAAACUUCUAAACUUGUUUUUGCUUUGUCAUUAUGGGGUAUUGUGUGUAGAUUGAUGAGGGGAAAAACGAUUUCAUCCAUUUUAGAAUAAGGCUGUAAUGUAACAAAAUGUGGAAAAAGUCAAGGGGUCUGAAUACUUUCCGAAUGCACUGUAUACACUCCCAUUUAUAGGCAUUAAAUCAAUUGAAUGGACACACAGAACGAUACAAAUGGACCAGUAUUCCACCUGUUCCUCUGUGCUGUAGAUAUGCAUUAUGAUGCUGUUAUACGGCAUUGUAAGACUUAUCAUGAGCAUGUACUGUAUGACACCCUUAUAAUGUGAUAUAUUCAUCUCAUUAUGUGCAUGACUCAUAGAGCCUGUUUUGCAUGGGACUUGCUAUGGGUUAAUGAAGGAUCCCCAUCAUUCCAUCCAGGUCAGCAGGAGGGGUCAGCCAAUGAAUUAUACUCCUGAGCAAACAUUCUAUAACCGCUGCAGGUGGCAGUAAAUCACCACCCUUAGCUUUUACCUGUUCAGACCAUACACACUCCAGCACAGUAGGUGGUGGUAUGCACCUUUUCAGUUUAUUUACAAAUAUAUCCCUAUACACUCAUAGAAGUAAGUAAUAAGUAAUACAUGGACUACUUUAAAUUGAAGAUGGCCCUCAAUAGCUCUGCCCAUGCUGUCACAGAAGAGGUCAUUGCGGAAAUAGGAGAUGACAUUUACAUUUUAGUCAUUUAGCAGACGCUCUUAUCCAGAGCGACUUACAGUUAGUGAGUGCAUACAUUUUCAUACUGGCCCCCCGUGGGAAUCGAACCCACAACCCUGGCGUUGCAAGCGCCAUGCUCUACCAACUGAGCUACACGGGACCUCUCUAGUACAUUUCUAUAGCCUGACAAAAUACCAGCCAUUUUGAGUCGGUAGAACAUUUCCUUAAUAGAGAGACAUACCAUAUUAGAAGUCUUAUUAAAAGACAUAAUAAAGGCUCAUACAUGUUUGCAACAAGUUAUAAAGAAUUAUGCAUUAUAUACCUUUUAUCAAGUGUUGUAUUUAUUGUGUGCUGCAGUUACUGUGCCGGCACCAAGCCGUGGGGUCACCCCAGUGAGCACCUUGACUUUGAGCCGCAAAGACAUGACGACGGCUGCAUCGAGGUCAUCGGAUUCACCAUGACCUCUCUGGUGAGCUCUCAACCGUACCUGAUGUCCUCUCACAUCUCAUGGAAUAUAUUCAUUACCAUUUGUACAGCCUAACCUGCACAUUGUAGACUUUGUGUAUAUCUGUUUUGUUAUUUUAAGCACCAUUGGACUCUUUCGUCUUAUAUAUUUUGUUGUCGGAAUGUUGUUUUCAUUACAACAUCAUUGUUUAUCUUUCAUCAGUAUCUCUCAAUUUCGCUUUGGGGAUCAAUAAAAUGUAUUCAAUUCAGUUCAAUGUCCUCUCUCUCUCUCUCUCUCUUCCUCUCCGUCCCUCCAGGCCACUCUGCAGGUGGGUGGUCACGGCGAGAGGUUGAACCAGUGUAAGGAGGUGACCCUGACCACGUACAAGUCCAUCCCCAUGCAGGUGGACGGCGAGCCCUGUAAGCUGGCCCCUUCCGUCAUCCACAUCAACCUGAGGAACCAGGCCAACAUGGUGCAGAAGACCAAGAGGAGGAUCUCCAUGCCCCAGCUCAAUGAGUUAGUAGCCAUAAACCUUGUGAUACCAGACCUCAACACUGUAUUCCCGUUCCAGAAUUGGCUUGAUCAGAAACCUAGAAUGAUUGUAGUCGAGGCUAGAGUUAAGGCUACCCAUUUGAUUCCAUAUGGAUGUCUAGGAGCUCUCUCCCGGCCAAUAAUAACCUAUACCAGUGUUUCUUAAUCCUGGUCUUAGUGACCCAUAAGGGUGCACAUUUUAGUUUUUGCCCUAGCAUAAACACCUGAUUCCACUAAUCAAAGGUUUGAUGAGUUGAUUAGUGGAAUCAGGUGUGUAGUACUAGGGCAAAAACUAAAAUGUGCACUCCUUUGGGUCCCCAGGACCAGCAUUAAGAAACACUGACCUAUACAAUAUGUACAAACAUCAUGUUUCUGUCUGUGUCCUCUCAGUCAGCAGCCGGUUCCUGAGAAGCUGCAGAUCAGAGUGAGCAGGAUCAGUAUGCACGCUUAUGAGGCCCUGCACUACGACAAGGACAAGCUCAAAGAGGCCUGUGAGUAUAAACAUACAUAUUCUACACACUGCACCUCUGUCAUUCCUUUACUAAGGACACCACUAUGGCAGGGAUAUCGCAGAUCCAUACAUGCAGGCUUUUGCUCCAGCCCAUUAGCAAACUACUGUAACUGAAUGUCUUUUCCCUGUCUUAGCUAUCCCACUGGGCAUCAUCACGGUCCCAGGAGACAGCGAUCUGGAGAACUGCCGUUCACACAUUGAGAGUCUGCAGGACAGUCUGGAAGAGGUGUGUACAGGAGGAGCAUGUAGGAGACGUACAGUUGUGGGAACUAAAAGCGUUUUUUUAAAAACCCUGUUGCACACACAUUGCGGCAAUUGUUCUGCCGAUACGGUGACGCAACCUAACUUUUUGGUGCCCGCAACUGUAGGGAGGAGUGGGAGUACGGAUUGGCCAGGUCCAUUUAUAGGUAGUGUGAUAGAGAAUGAAAGAGUGAGAAUGAGAGAGAGAGAGAGGAAAUACGUGUGGGCGAAAGAAUGAAUGAGUGUCAAAAGAAGUAAAAGCGAGAGAAAAGGAACUGGGGUGAGAGUGAGAGAGUGAGAGAAGAGAGGAAAAUGAGGGAGUGUCCUUAAAUAAUUGACCAUAUGAUAGACUUCAUGUUGUCUGCUGUGCUCCCUAGUGGAGCUCAGAUGUACUUCAGGGAACAAACUGAUGUGUGACAUGCACACAAGCUACAUAUGCUCCUCUGAAAGAACUGAAGUACCUGGCUUAUAAAGAUGUUACUUCCUGUCCAACCAGUAGGAAAUUCGAUGACAUAAUUACGCUGUUCUAUUAUUCUCUUACAGGAAAGUGAUGCUGUGAAAUCAGAGAGGCUGUCGUCACAAAAGCUUUCCCCCAAAUGGUGCUUCCUUGACUGUAAGUAUUGCUACCUGAACAAAUAGAGUAUUUUAUAAGAGAACUAGCUUCCUCAUUUUGGAAACAAUUGAAAUGCAGCAUUAAGUUUCUGUCCAGGUAUGCAAUGUCAGUAUAUGGACAGGGACAUGUAGAUUCAGAAAGGUGUUUGCUUUCUUUUCAGGCACAACUGCUGAUCGAUUCUACAGGAUAGACCGUGCUCAGGUAUGUACUUGUUUCCCCUAUAUUCAUUUAGCAUCUGUGGCCCACCAAUGCUAAAUCGUUGCCACCACUCCAAAAAAUAUGAUGUAAUUUUUAUUUAUUUCUGUAACUUUUUUUAAUGGAUAGUGCAAGAUUUAGGCAAUUAGGCCCUUUUUCUACUUACCCAUAGGCAGAUGAACUCAUGCAUACCCUUUUUAUGUCUUGCAUGCAGUUUGAAGGAAGUUGCUAACUAGCAUUAGCGCAUUUGCUAACUAGCGUUAGUGCAAUCAAUGACUAGAAGUUUAUGGAGUCUAUAACAGCUAGUAUGCUGUUCCCAUAUACUUCAGGUAGCUUUGCCACCGCUGCUGAAAAAAAAAUCCUAGGGGCCACUGGUCCAGGCAAUUCGACAAUCAAAAUAAAUUACACCAAUAUAUCAAAAACCUAUGGAUCAAGUCAUCUCAUUAUACACCGACAAUAUCUUACUUUAACUAGACAAUGUAUUUCAAUCCCUCCCAAAAGCUUUGAAGAUCAUAGACAAAUUCACUUCCAUCUCAGGUUAUAAAAUAAAUCGAACCAAAUCUGUCCUUCUGCCUCUCAAGACCCCGAAGCAGGACUCCAUCGGUACUUAUGGAAUCCCAAUCGUUUCCUAUUUUACAUUUACAUUUUAGUCAUUUAGCAGACACUCUUAUCCAGAGGGACUUACAGUUAGUGAGUGCAUACAUUUUAAAUAUUUGGGAAUAGAUAUAUUUCCUUCCUACCCCAGAAACUUUAACAGAACGCUCAAUUCAAUCUGACCUCAGUAGAUGGACUAAUAUCACAGUUGCUUUAACCGGCAGAAUAUCUAUUAAUAUCUAAAAUUAAUGGCUGAAUUUCGGUAGUUCAAUGGUUCCCAUGGCUCCCCCUUCAUAGUUCGGCUUAAAAAUGUAUAUGUCAAGGUAAACGAUUCCGGAUAAAAUUAACAAACUUACAAAGAGGGAAAGACGUAGAGGACCAUCCAUAGCAAAAUUAAAUUAAAUUGUAUUUCCAGACACUAGCAUUUCAUCCCAUCCUAAAUUUGUUUAGACAUGAUUCUUCCGCCCCCUGGCUGAGUAUAGAGUGAAAUAUGGGGUCUCUUAUUGCCCUGGAAGAGGUGGGCUUCACUGAUAUAUCCCUUAAACAAUGUAAACUACGCUUUGGUCCUAUUAUUGGUCAAACAAUUUCUAUUUGCCGCAAAAUUGAAAAAGAGUGUAACUGGAAUCAAAAUAGCAUGCCCAUACUCUAAUAUUUCACAAUAACGCCUUGCGAUCUAGAGGGCGGCCUUUUGCAUCACCCCAGCGGUCCAAAUGUGGAAUCCGUACCCAUGCGAUAUCAUGGACAGUACUGGUUUGAGAACAUUCCAAGAUUUGAAAGAUGCAUACACAUUACCAGGCAAAUCCUUUUUUCUAUACAUACAACUUAGGUCAGCUAUGCUGGCCUAUGGAGUCCCUUGGGAAACCCAACUACCGAACCAUCCAAUGAUGGGAUUUAUAAAUAAAUUAUCUGGGCUCUGAAUGGGACUGAUCUCUAUAAUAUAUUAACAACUUUUGGAAAGCUCAUAUUCUGAGCUAGCCAUUAAAAAAGUAUCGUCUACAGAUCUAAUUGAAUCUGAACUACUCUUUAACUGGAAGAGAAAUAAAAAAAUAUGACCUUGGCAUCCCUUAAUCCGAACAAUCAACUUAUACAUUUUAAGUUGUUUAAUACCAAGGAAACGUUUUACGAUGAAAUUCCCAACUGUUCACUCUGUCCCCUAAAUCAGGUAGGCACAAUCCUCAAUUUGAUGUGAGAGUGCCCUGCAGUUAAAUGCUUUUGGGGCAAAGUUACUAAAUUCAUUUCGAAUUGCAUGAAUGUAAAUAUUCAAUGCUCUGCAUCUAUUAUGUUACUUAACGAUGAUAGCUUCUUGAAUCUCUCAAUCAACCAGAGAUGGCGGGUUGGAGGCCUAUUUCUUUUUUUGUUUUAUAUUCCUGUUUAUACUGAAUUUAUUAUCACUUAAACUUUGUAUGUCUUUGUAACCGUCUUUUUUGUUGUUGAGUGGCAGCCUACGGGUACAUGUUUUAUAAACGUAUAAUUUCAAAUGGAUAAUGUACUUGCAACACCCCCCCAACAACAAAUAACAAAAUAAAUAAAUAAAUAAGCAAUCCUAGGGGAAACACUGACUUGUGAAUAUGUCAGUCUAUUACAAAAUAUAGUUUUUUUCCUGACCACAUGACUUGCCUAGGAAAAACUCCUGGACAUUAUGGGAAAGCUUAUAAGUAUGCAAGGCCAUUGUCCAGGGUUUUAAUGAGGCAUGUUGUGAUGACCCACUGUCUUGACUCUUUAAUAAACACAGUUAUAAACUGUUAUAACCUCAAGGAGCACCUCAACUACGUGACGGAGAUCUCCCAGGACGAUCUCUACAUCCUGGACCCGGAGCUGGUCAUCAAGGAGACGGUGGGCACCUCACCGGGCAUGCCCGACCUGGUAGACUCGUACGGGGAGUGCAAAACGCCCGAAUCUCGCCAGUUUACCUUCCCAUCCUCCUCCUCCUCACCCACCUCCUCCCCAGGACCCAGGUGAGAGGAAGAACACUAUACGGGGCGGUUUCCUGAACACAGAUUAAGCCUAAUCUCCAUUAAAAAUGCAUUUUAGUCUAGAACUAAACUUAAUCUGUGUCUGGGAAACCGUCCCUUUAUGUUUUAGAGACUGAACAGGGUAAUCUUUUAAUUGGAUGCACUUUAGCUUGGUUUCUUUGCAUCUUUGAACCAUAUUUAUUUGAAAAGAUAAGCACACACACUCACACACUCACACACUCACACACACAAACCUCCCUUCCUCUUUCAUUGCUGUCUGACUGUCACUCCCUGUUGCGCACCACCAAAGCUCCCCUUUCCUGUUAAGUCAAUACAGUGAGGGUCGUGUGGUUCCUGGUGAUGAACAAUAGCUCAUUAUCCAGAUCUGGUCCUGUAAAGAAUGUUGGCUCCCCUCAGGGAAGAUGACACAACUACAUGGCUGGGUCACAGACAGAGAGACUGACGACCGAUUUUACACACACACACACACACACUCACAAACUUUUGAGCGCAACAAUGACAAUUCUAUUCGUAGAUAUUGGCGAGAAUGUAAAACAUAAAAGUUCUGUUAUUACUGUACUGAGUGGUCCUUCUCCCAGUCACUAACCUGUACCUGUCCUCCCUCCCCUCCUGCAGGAUCAGUGAGUCCCAGAGGAAGAGGGUGUCCAGUGACAGCUCGGUGACAGAGGCCCUGGCUCACAGCAGCGACUCCCAGGCCUCCUCCAAGACCGGCCUGUGCAGGUCAGACCCUGACUUUAGCCUGAUUCCUAUACAUCUUAGUGGGCAUUUUCAGUUGUAGUAUGGUUUUACCAAUUAAUCAGUCCAUUUAAUGUUGGCCUAUGGUUGCACCAAUCUUAUUUAUCAGAUCAAUUAUCAGACCCUUGUUGAACUGUGGUGUCUUUUGGAUGACUGUUCAAUCAGUGUCUACAUUCUAAUGUUGUGGCAUCGUAGCAUACUGGUCACGAGCAAUGGCCAGGAGCGAUAACCAAACUACCUUGAAACAAUGUUGGUAGAACAUCAGAUCUCAAAAUGUUGACAAUUGGGUAGUUAUUAUAACUAUAGCUACUUCACAGCAUACAUGAGGGUUUGUUUUAAUUAUAGUGGAUCUGUGUUCUCAUCUUCAUGGUGAGCCAUCAGCAUAGCAGUAUGGCUUGCUAUGUAACAACAUUGUCUUAUGUCAGAUAGCACGACAAUUCCGCCUGCAUUGUCGGUUGGCGUAAGACAAUGAUGUGACAAAGCUAAGUGUCACAAAGCCAUGUCAUCUCUCUCAGGUUCAGUAUGUAUUGAGUCAUAAGAUAAAUGAUUUAUUAUACACAUGUUCCAUUCAAGUAUUCAAAAGCUUCCAAGGAACUUGAUUCAGCAUUGUUCCCUAAGGCUAAUUUUAGCUCACUCCAAACCUGGGAUCGAAUACAUUUAUUUGUUAUUUAAAUACUUAUUUUCUGUGUAUUUGGGUAUUUUCAAAUGAGGUGGCACAAAUCAAAUACUUCCUUUGGAAGUAUUUGAAAGUAUUUUCAAAUACUUUUCUACAAAUUGCUUACUUUUUGAAAGUAUUUUCAAAAAUCUUAUUUCCAAAUACCUUAUUUCAAAUACCAAACAGACCAGGUUCAAAUGCAUGGGAGUAUUUAAUUAUUUGUAUAAAUACUGUGCAUUUCAGUAUUUUCAAAUACAUGCCAAUACCUUCCAAGUGUACAGUAUUUCCAAUAUUCAACUACUUUUGUUUUCAAAUAAAAAAUAUAAAAAUACUUACUACCAAAUGUCUUUAAAAGUUAUUGAAAUAGGCCUACUCUAAAUAGUAUUUGAACCCAGGUCUGGCUCACUUACCCAAUUAUUGUUGUGUUUAAUAAUAAUGCAUUUUGUUUUAAGCAAGCUUUCUCACAAACCCCUUAAUGUGUAUGAUGUGUCAUCCAUGCUUUGUCCUGUCUUUGUCUUUGAAGGAGAGGGCCUAAAAUGGUCAAUGUUCAUCAGUCCCACACAACUAUUGCUGAUUUCAGACCCAUGCUUAGGUAUGCUGUCUGUUUCUGUAUGUGUCACACUUACUGCCAUGCUUACUUGCCAUGCUUUUAGUUGUUAUGAUUAUCAUCAUCUCAGUGCAAUGUCAUUUAGCUUUGUGUCAAAUCUGUCUUUUGCCCUUUUCUCACAGUUCUGGAAGUGCUCUGUCAUGUGAUACUGAAAAAGGUAAAACAUCCCCUGUUGAUUUGUUCUCAGUAAUCUGAAUGGAUAGGUACAACCGUACUUCCAUACCAGUAUGGAUUUUUACAAUACCGUCUAUAAAGGUAUUUUGACACAGUGCUAAAUAAAUGAAAAGUUGUACAAAUUGGACUGCUUCACUGUCAGUUUUGGCUGUUUAAUAGUUUGGUUGAGUUUAAUACAGUCAGAAUGGAGAAAGAAAAUUAAAACCACUUUGAAUUAAUUUGUGGCCAUCCUAUGGUCAUGUACUACUCAAAACAUAUUUAGAACUUUCAUUAUUCAGAAACAUAAAAUACCAUCAAAAAUAAGAAAUAUAUUGUGCUAUGAUAUUUUGGCCAUGUUGCCCAGCCCUAAUUUGAACCAUAUUGUAUUUACACACAUAAAGGUUUCAGCCUUGCUUUGUUUAAGGUCCACUGUUCAAAAAUAUAGUGAAAAGCCUCAUAAGUAAAUUGUAAAGAGUAUAGAUGCCUUACUCUGUUUUUACAGUAACUGAGUUAAUUGAGUGUGUGAAGACAGAAGAUCUCGAAAGGGUAAGUAAAUUACAUGUUUAGUUAGACAGCAUUCAUUCCUACCAUGCAUCCUCCUCUAACAGUGUUUUUACAUUGACUUUUGACCCCUCACUUUAAAAAAUGUAAGAUAGUAGGCAAAUGUGGGUUUACAAGUUGAGGUGCAGUAAAGGGAAAGCAAGUUGAAGCACUUUGAAGUACUUUCAAAUUGAAACACUGCAAAGUUUAAUGACUGUAAAGUUGAAGCACUGUCAAGUUGAAGGGCUGUAAAUGAAUUUUCUUUUUUUUCACAGCUCACAGAGCUCCACAAACAGGGGGCAGAUAUUUUCACACAGGAUACUUUGGGCUGUACCUUACUCCAUUACGCAGUGGAGGUGGGCUGCAAGGAGAUUGCUAAGUACAUCAUAGACCACGGUAGGAGACUGACCCAUCAAACACUGCAGUUGACUCCCAUCACUUUAGGUAUUAAGUACUGAUAUGACACUGUUUAAUUCUUAAGUUCUCGAUAAUGGAAGCACUCUGCAGUAUCACAUAUAAACCCAAUGAACAUAUUAACAUUUUCCCUCACUGUUGUUGAUCAAACAUAAAGAAACAUUUGAACACAUCCAACAUGAAUGACAGUCAAAAAUGUAUGCACGCAUGACUGUAAGUCGCUUUGGAUAAAAGCGUCUGCUAAAUGGCAUAUUAUUAUUAUAUUAUAAAUACUUGUGUGUACAUAGAUAGUGGAUGCAAUAUCUGAAUCCUGUUCAUGUUUUAACACACAGCACCUACCACUCUCCUGGAUGUCACAGAAAAAGAGACGUGAGUCAUGUUGUCAACUUCCUUUUACUGAUUUUCUGCAUAAAAUAGUUUGACAGAACGUCAUGCAACCGGUUUCCACACCAAAGGCCUAUUUCUGAGGUCAACUCUCUACUGAUUACUAUGAAAGCUUAGCUCUGCCCUCAAAUAAUUCAAAUUAAAAUCACCUCAUCUAUAUGAAUUAGUUCCUGGAAAAAGUCUGUCAACUGGGUCAAACCUAGAGCUCCCAGCUACAACACAACCUGAGUGACAAAUUUCAUGUGUGUCUUUGUGUAUGUGUGUGUGUGUGUGUGUGUGUCUAUGUGUGACACAGAGGGGAGACGGCUCUCCAUAAAGCUGCGUUCACGCGUCAGAGGACCAUCUGCCACUACCUGGUGGAGGCCGGGGCUUCCCUCAUGAAGACUGACCUUCUGGUAAAUUACCUUAAUGAAUUAGGCUGUGUCCAUCUCUGUCCCUCUCUCUCUCUAUCUAUCGCUAUAGAGAGAGAUAGAGAGAGAGCGAGAGAGAGGAGAGAGAGGGGAGAGGGGAGGAGAGGGAGAGAGAGAGAGAGAGGAGAGGAGAGCGAGAGGAGAGAGAGAGCGAGAGCGAGAGAGAGAGAGAGAGGAGAGAGAAGAAGAGAAAGAGAGAGAAGAGAGAGCUCUAUUCGAGAAGAGCGCUAUGCUCUCUUUCUCUCGCUCUCGCUCUCUCCUCUCUCUCGCAGAAGCUUAUCUGCUAUCUCUCUCUCUCUCCUCUCUCUCUCUCUCUCUCUCUCUCUCUCAUCCCAUCUUCUUUCUCUAUCCCUUCACCCCCCUCUCUCUUUCCACCCCCUUAUACCAAUCUCCCUUCCUCAGGGUGAGACGCCGAAGCAGGCGUGCGGAGAAGGCCAAUGACCAGGAGCUAGCGGAGUACUUGGAGAACCGCCAGCACUACCAGAUGAUCCAGCGAGAGGACCAGGAGACUGCCGUUUGAUGAUCCCGCUGUUUACCGCGACCGCACCACGCUCUCUCUCUCUCUCUCUCCCUCUCUGUUUGCCAUACCUAACAGUCGGAAGCUCUGUACUGGGUUCAAGGGAGGGAGGUGGGA